UCGGCUUGCAGCCGCGAGCGCGGGAGGCGCACCGGAGUGAGUGAGCGACGAGGCGCCUCAGUCGACCGCCACCCUUCGCGAACGACGGUUCGUUCAUCCGCCGUCGUUCUCCGCCUCGCCAGAGAGAGAGAGAGAAAGGAGAGAAAUACACCUGCCUGAGAAGUGUUCCUUCCGCCACGCGCGAUUUUCAGCUCCGUAUAACACGUUCCGCGCGAGGUUUCCGAGCGGUGCGCGCAAACCGGGAGCAAAAGUUGCGAUAAGGUGCCUGUCCCGCGCAAAGGGGUGUAUUAAGGGUGCAUUCACCAUUGGGAAGUGCGAUUUAUCAUGUGCCACGAUCGAGCCUGAGAAAUCUCAUAGACGGACACUGAAUUUCAAGACAGAAAGACUUGAAAGAGCAUCGUGAAAUCGUCGUCUCAACUGCAACAAUGAACGGACCAGUCUAUGCGUCAUCUUGCCCCGCAUUGCAGUCAAAUCUAUCGCUGCAUAGCUCAUCGUAUUACAGUGAAUACGGCGGCACGGCGCGGAGACGGCUAUCCUCAACGGGCGAGGCGGACACUUCCGCCACAUCGAGCUACGAAGGUAGCGACAGCUCCGAGAACAGUGAUGAAUCCCGUCUCGAGCCGGUCAGUCAGAUGGAGCGGGAGCAGCUCGAGACCUUCUUCCGCGGAUUAAAAUCGCAGGUGUUCGUCUGCGAAUCAUUGGCGAAUCUAUAUCUCGGCAGCGCGUCUCAGACGGAGAGGUGGGAGCUCCGCUUCACCGGGAUACCCGUCGUGGUUCUCGAUCUCGGGGAAACACGAUCGCGAUCCAAGAGACGGAUUCAAAUUUUAUUGGCAGAACGCGGCACUUGCUUCACUCUCUGGCGCGAGACUAUCGAUAACCUCUCAUCGUACAAGGUGUCGGGACCAGCUUUCCACACGAUGUGUCUCUCAUCGGAUCACACUCGCCUGGCCGGGCUCAGCUUCGACAACUCAAAAGCGGCGAACGAUCUGUGGCAGCACAUAGAGCGCCUCGUGUCGUGUCCGGAGAAUAUCAGCCUGUCGGCGCCCGGUAAGAAAAAGAAAAAGCCGGUGCAGAAGAAGGUGGUGCUGCCGGCGAAGAGCAACAUCAGCCAGCCGUGUCAGUUUCAACACGUGACCAGCGUGGACGCGGCCGAUCGCUCGCGAUAUUUCUCGCUGCAGACGCUGGUGCCGGCGCUGAGCGAGCUCGAGAGCUCGCUGGAGGCGAACUUCUGAGACAAGCCCCACGCUUCCGGCAAGCCCGCGUAGAAUCGACGUGUCGCGACGCCCGACUCCCGCCUUCUUCCUCGGAAAUAACUCUUCCGAGGAAGAAGGAUCCGGUUGACGUCAGACGCGAGAGGGCGAAAUUUAUAGGACUCCUGCACAAACGUCCUCAUCGAUCUCGACUCCGAUCGAAAACAUUUUAUCUUCUCGCUCCUCCUCCGAAAUUCUUGUAAACAAUCCAGCCCUUUGUAUCGGAUAAUUUUCCGCUGUGAACGCGUGUCGAAAAAAGUUUCACUCCGUUUUUACUUACGAGUACAUUACGAAUACAUUUACAUAUUUUUUUCCUUAUGCAUUUAUACAUUAUAUGCGUAAUUUACAAAUACGAUAAAUUUUUGUAUCACGAUAUUACGAUUAUCGAAAAGUUUUCGAUCACCAAAAGGCUAGAUUCAAGACAAAAGGGAGGAGAUAUAUCGACGAAGCUUUAAGGACGAUGAGAAAAAGAAAGGGGGGAUGCUUUUCUCGAAAAGCCCUCGCGAUUCCCGAAUUCAUCUCUAUCUUCCCGUGUCUCUUCCAAUAUAAUCAUCUAACUAGCUGAUAAGAGUUAAUGAUAAAUAAGAUACUUGGUCGCGUUGAGUUCUGAUUAUCCUUGUUUUGCGUAAUCGCCUAUCAAUUUUAAAUAACGCGUGCUCUAGAUCAUAAAUAAGAAUAUAUUCUUGGCAUCACGCUCUCGAUUUGCUUUUUCUCGGUUGUAUGUUUCAUAAUGAAAGAAAGAUUUAUAUUGUAAUUAUUUUACCGCAUACAUUAUUUAUCUGUAUGCACGUGUUUACUAACUGCAAAAUAAUUCCUACAACUGCGUUAAAGAAUAAUUGAAUUUCAAUAUUUUGACAUAUAUAUGUAUGAUCUAGAGAUUAAGAAAAAUUGAUAAAUGAUUUGCUUUUAACAUAGAGUAAAUCUACUAUUCUAGAAAGUAUAAUCUACGUUGUAAUUAAGAUUAUUUCAGCAAAUUCAUCAGCAUUUCCAGUACGCUUGUAAACGCUCGCGUAAUGCACUGCGAUGUGAAUAUAUUAUUAAUUAGGUAGAAUUAGUGAAAUUGACGUGCAUGACGUGUCCAUAUAUAGCGAAUUCAACUUCCUACCGUUUUCGGGUCGUUAAUCGUGUCCGUAGACUUCGGUAGAAAUUCUCGAUCUUGUUGUCGACAACGCGCAUGUUCAAUAAAAUGUUAAAAAGUAGAGAUCUAUUAUCUUGAAAAAAUUCUGUUCAAGUGAAAUAAUAUUAAAGAGACAAUUUCUAAAUAGACAUCUUUCAUAAAUUACAGUAAAGUGUUGCAGGUUGUAGAAAAAAUAUUAUUUUACGAUUCUACGCGUACUAAUAAUUCUUCCUAUUUAUUUAUCAUCGAUUAUAUUUUUAAAAAUUUUAUAUUGAAAGUUUUCAUCUUACAUGUUAUUUCACUUGCACACAUUUGGCAAAUAAUUGAAGACGAAUAUACUUCUGCUCGAAGCAAACUCGCCACUUGAGUGAGUCGCGCGCGAGAGUAUCGUUUUACGAUGUUCGCAAGAAGACUGGUUUCAUUAUCCCACGUAUAUAAACAUUGUUAACAAUAAGUACCUAUGUAGCAAUAGCGAUCAUUAGAGCGAUUUGACGUUAUCCUUAGAAUCAUCUGCGUGACUCUCGACAUGCAUUCAGCAUCAUCAUCGUUCGUGUCGCUUCGAAACUUCCGUUCCGCUGAAUGGAGAAAUCGCGCGCGUAUUUCGCUUAUAUCCAUCGCGAAUCAAAUCUCUAGCGUUUAAGAUUAAUUAAACGUCUCAGUUAAGUUAAGUCUAAGGGUACAGUUCGCCCGGAGGGAUUUUUUAUCGUAUUAUCCGAAACGGACGUAAUGCUUUCCGCAGAAUUUAUACGCACAUACUUUAGUCACGUGAGUGGCGAUUUACUUUCAGAAAGAAGCCCGGGCGCCCGUUCUAGAAGUUUAAGUAGAUAACGUAACUUCGAAUUAAUAUUAAUUUCAUUAUCUACGACUGUGAUAUAAAUAUAUGUAUUUGUAUCGUUACGUUUCCGUAACAUGUAUCCGCAUUAUUACUUGGAGAUAUAAGUUUAUGAAUAUGACAUGUAAUAAUAAUAACUGUGCUAAUAAAUAGUAACUUCAUGAAGCAGAA